CUGAGUAGGACUUGUUAACAUGAUAGCAUGAGGUCGCCUGCUGUGAUGAAGCUUAUUGGAUCCCUGCAGACCCAUUUGGUCCCUUUUCUCCUUAAAGGUCCAAUGUGUAACUUUUUGAAGGAUCUAUUGACAAAAAUGCAAUAUAAUAAGCAUAACUAUGUCUUCUUCAGAGGUGUAUAAAGACCUGAAGCGUUGUGUUUUUAUUAUCUUAGAACGAGCUAUUUCUAUCUACAUACACCGUGGGUCCCCUUGCAUGGAAUUCGCCGUGUUGUUUCUACAGUAGCCCUGAACGGACAAACUGCUCUACAGAGCAUCUCCUUUGGCAAAGAACAUCUUAGUCCUGUGUCAGCCACCGUAUUCUGUCUCACAUCAUUCACCCUCACAUCAAACCGAUACAUGACUCUUUCUGCUGUGACACACAAAAUAAGAUAUUUUGAGAAGUGUGUCAGUGGAAGACAACAGGGUCCUAUGUUGUUUGGUUGCCAAUGAUCACGCAUUUAAAACCUGAAACUGCAGUUUAAGAGCUUAGAAUAGACAUAACGUUAUCCUCCAUGAUAUCAUCCAGGUGUGAAAGCUAAAAUACUGUAGUUAUCAUUCUUGGUGUGAAUGUGAUCGGGGCUUAGUGACAUUGGAAGUAGUGGCUAAUGUUUAAUAUAAUAUAAGCAGACUUAAAGUGAAAGACUAAAUGAUGAAAGCAUUAGGAAAUCAUUGUGGUGAAAGAGAAUUGGCUUCACUUCUGUCUGUGUCAGAACCUUUAGCAUCAUGAUCUGACCACUCGCCUGAUAUAUCACUCCACCACCUUUCCCCAGAGCUGUGUCCAAUAUUUCCAGUUCUGGAGUUCUUCCAAGUUUUCCCUUAGAUUUAGGAGUUUUCUUGUGAGGGCAUGUUUGUUGUAUGGAAUCCAGUACAAAUACCAAGUUCAUUAUCCAGUAUCGUCGUGGAGAGAGGCAUGUGUGUAACCUACACCUCAUUGCAACUCAUCUUGCUUAUCAUUUUAGAAUAAACUGGUCUGUGUGAAGAAAGACUGAUAAAUGUUUCAGUCCGAGUCCGUGAUCUGCUGUGUGAUGUUGAUGAUGUUGUCCUGUCCAUCAUCUUAAUUCUGGAAAGUGUUCUAUACCAUCAUUCUGUAUUGUAUUGUUCGAGAGUGUGCGGGAAGGAAUCACGUUUUCAGUCAUGACGAACCCUUUUGCACACAUUGUUGAGCCUCUGGACCUCAAGAAGCCUGACCACAAGUUCUUCAACCUUAAAAAACUCGGAGACCCAAGAUAUGACCACCUGCCCUUCUCCAUCCGUGUGUUGCUGGAGUCCGCAGUGAGGAACUGUGAUGGGUUCUUGGUGAAGGGGGAGGAUGUAGAGAACAUUCUUAACUGGAAGGUGACACAGAGUCAGACUGUGGAGGUGCCUUUCAGACCAGCCCGAGUCAUCUUGCAAGACUUCACGGGGGUUCCGGCAGUGGUGGACUUUGCAGCCAUGCGAGAUGCAGUGAAGAAAUUACAAGGCGACCCGGAGAAGAUUAAUCCUGUUUGUCCUGCAGACCUUGUCAUAGAUCAUUCUAUUCAAGUUGACUUCAACAGAAAGUCUGACAGCCUUCACAAAAACCAAGAGCUUGAAUUCGAAAGGAACAGAGAACGGUUCGAGUUUUUAAAGUGGGGUUCUAAAGCGUUCAGGAACAUGCGGAUCAUUCCUCCAGGCUCAGGAAUAGUUCAUCAGGUCAAUCUAGAAUACCUGGCCAGGGUUGUGUUCGAUCGGGACGGUUACUACUAUCCGGACAGUCUGGUGGGCACUGACUCCCACACGACCAUGAUUGAUGGGUUGGGGGUGCUGGGCUGGGGUGUGGGAGGUAUUGAAGCAGAGGCCGUCAUGUUGGGUCAGCCAAUCAGCAUGGUGCUUCCAGAGGUCAUCGGUUACAAACUUCGGGGGACUCCUGACAAAUUUAUAACCUCUACUGACAUUGUGCUUACUGUCACCAAACACUUGCGGCAGGUCGGUGUGGUUGGGAAGUUUGUUGAGUUCUUCGGUCCUGGCGUCGCCCAACUGUCAAUCGCAGACCGUGCCACCAUCGCCAACAUGUGCCCCGAGUACGGAGCGACCGCUGCCUUCUUCCCCGUAGAUGAAAUCAGUGUGGAGUAUCUGAAGCAGACAGGGAGAGAUCUAGAGAAGCUGAGUUACAUCGCUCAAUAUCUGAAAGCAGUGGGUAUGUUCAGAGACUACAGCAACACAGCGCAAGAUCCACAUUUCACUCAGGUGGUCGAGUUGGACCUCAGUACGGUCGUCCCCUGCUGCAGCGGUCCCAAGCGGCCUCAGGACAAAGUGGCUGUUUCAGAGAUGAAGCAGGACUUUUUAGCCUGUUUGGGGGCCAAGCAAGGCUUUAAAGGAUUCCAGGUUGCCCCGGAGCGACACGACGUUACCGUACCAUUCCAGUUCAACGGGGCUGAGUAUUCUCUCUCACACGGAUCUGUGGUCAUCGCAGCUAUCACGAGCUGCACCAACACCAGUAACCCUUCAGUCAUGCUGGGAGCAGGUCUUUUGGCCAAGAAGGCUGUUGAGUGUGGUCUUACGGUCAAGCCGUACAUAAAGACCAGUCUGUCUCCUGGUAGUGGAGUGGUCACCUAUUACCUUAAAGAGAGUGGCGUCAUGGACUUUCUCUCGCAGUUAGGUUUCGAGGUUGUUGGUUACGGCUGUAUGACCUGUAUUGGAAACAGCGGACCCCUUCCAGAGCCGGUGGUAGAGGCGAUAACUCAGGGUGAUUUAGUUGCCGCCGGUGUCCUCUCUGGAAACAGAAACUUCGAGGGCCGGGUCCAUCCCAACACACGCGGCAAUUACCUGGCAUCUCCUCCGCUGGUCAUCGCCUACGCCAUUGCAGGCACAGUAAGGAUAGAUUUCGAAAAGGAGCCUUUAGCUGUGAACGCCGAUGGAAAGGAGAUUUUCUUGAGGGACAUCUGGCCCACGCGGGAGGAGAUCCAGGUGGUGGAGAAAAAGUUCGUCAUUCCGGCCAUGUUUAAGGAGGUCUAUGAGAAAGUGGAGGAAGUGAAUGAACGCUGGAACUCCCUGAAAGCCCCUUCAGACAAGCUGUACACCUGGGAUCCUAAUUCUACCUACAUAAAGUCUCCACCUUUCUUUGAUGGACUGACCCAGACACUUGAACCUCCAAAGUCCAUAACGGAUGCGUAUGUGCUGCUCAAUCUGGGAGAUUCUGUGACCACAGAUCACAUCUCGCCUGCUGGAAACAUUGCACGCAACAGCGCUGCCGCACGCUACUUAACUAGCCGUGGACUCACGGCGAGAGAGUUUAAUUCAUAUGGCUCUCGUCGAGGCAACGAUGCGGUCAUGGCACGAGGCACCUUCGCCAAUAUCCGCCUCUUCAACAAGUUCCUAAACAAGCAGGCACCUUCUACCAUCCACCUACCUACAGAAGAAACAAUGGACGUGUUUGAUGCAGCAGAAAAAUAUCUGCAGGCUGGUCAUGCUGUUAUGAUCCUGGCAGGCAAGGAAUAUGGAUCCGGCAGCUCCAGAGACUGGGCGGCCAAAGGACCCUUCAUGCUGGGCAUCAAAGUUGUACUAGCCGAGAGUUAUGAGCGUAUUCAUCGCAGUAAUCUGGUGGGCAUGGGCAUCAUUCCUCUGGAGUACCUGCCGGGCGACACGGCGGAAAGUCUCGGGCUCACUGGCCGUGAGCGAUACACUGUGGUCAUUCCGUCACAGCUCACCCCCAGAAUGACCGUCGACAUUCAGCUGGACACAGGCAAAACAUUUCAGGCUAAGAUUAGGUUCGACACAGACGUGGAGCUCACUUACUUCCGUCACGGUGGCAUCCUCAACUACAUGAUUCGCACAAUGUCUGAUUGUGAAGAAAGAAAAUUGAAAGAAAUAAAACUAGUUCAGGAAGUGACGCACGAAGCGCACAUAUCCACUGGCUACUUCGUUUGUCCUGUCUGACCUUUUUUUGUUCAAAAAGAAUCCGUUUUGAUUCUGGUGUUUCGUGUCUGACUGUAUUGGUUCAGUGGGAUGGAUUGGGAAGUCUGAAAGCAUUAGAUGUUGGCAAUGACAGGAUGAACCUUCACCAUUCUAACCCUACCUCAGCACUGCCAAACUCCAGUCCUACUCUUGCUUAAACUGUUUAGUCAACAUCAAUGUAUACCUAGUAAUAAUUGCAAUUAAGCUGAUUCUUUAUAAUUAGUAACGUUAUCUGUUAUUAAAAUGGUGCUGCAGAAAAUUCCGUUUGUCUGUUAUGAAACACAGUGAUUAUGAAAAAUUUGAAGUUUUUUUACUUCAAAAUGUUUCAAUGAUUGUUUCAUUAAUUCUUUUUUUCAAAGAGUAGUUAAUUGUCAUUACCUAGACCGAAAGGUGUUACCCAUUGCAUAUUGGAGCAGAUGAACUAUCUUUAAUGUUGAAUAACCUUUGAUAAAACAUUGCAGAUAUAAUACAAUUUCCAAUAUAAGUGCCUAUAUUUUCUCAGAUUCUGUGUAUACUCCUGAAGAAGGCAUGUGUGGUUGUCACUCCAGGUUUUUUGCUUGUGUGUCCAUAAUACAGUUGCAUUCCUGUGCAUAAUGUAUUUUCUAGCAAAAUAAAACUAAAUUUAACCAAGGCUGAUUUCACACCUUUCCUACUGGACGCCUGUAAAUGUAACUGAAGGAGCUUGGAAUCGACUGCUGAUAUAAACAAAGUGUGAGAGGUUGAUAUACUGUAUGCAGUAUCAAAUGCAUAUUUGAAUAAACACAUGAUGAUUUCAUAUCCUACAGUAUGUAUUCUAUAUAUCUCGCUGUCCUUCCAAAACCUUGGAUGUCCAAAUUUGCUGUUUUCCAGGAAAUAUAUAUUUUUAGAUUAUUAAAUAAUGUGUUGUAAAAGUUUACAAGCACUUGUUAAUAGUUUUUAUUGCUUAGAUUGCAAA